UAGUACAUAUGUUGCAUGUCUCUUACGACUCAAUAAGUCACGCCAUUUAAAUAUAUUACCCGAGCAAAUAGCACAAUGCAAACCCAAUUUGUUAAUGAUGGUAAUUUAUACGUCACGGUAUUCGCUUGAUUACAAUAUUAUCAAAUACAAGCUGCGCUACUCAAAAAGUUAAUCGUCAGUCGAUGAUUGUAAACAAAAUAGGUUCGUGCUCGUCCAUUCGAUUCGAUAGAUCGAAAAUUAUGAAAGACAUUUUAGUUACCGUAGAGCAAGGGAAGUUAAGAGGAACCACGGGCAGUGACUAUUACGGCAAUGUAUAUUACAAAUUUUUGGGAAUUCCCUAUGCCAAAGCGCCUGUCGGAGAUUUGAGAUUCAAGGCACCUCGACCUCCUGUAGCUUGGGAAGGCAUAAAAAAUGCAUACAAGGAUGGCCCGGCAUGUCCACAGCAAGACAUUGCCACGAGGCUCUUCGUAGGUCGUGAAGAUAAUUGCCUGCACUUAAAUGUGUUUUCUAGGCAGCUACCAGCUUAUGGUGAGCUACCAAAAAAGCCGGUCAUGGUAUUCAUUCACGGAGGAGCAUUUAUGAACGGAUAUAACAAAAGCGAGAUAUACGGCGCGGAUUAUUUUAUGACGCAAGAUGUGGUACUUGUUUCCAUUAACUACAGACUCUCUAUAUUUGGAUUUUCGUGCUUUGAAGAUGAGUCUCUAGAUAUACCAGGAAAUGCUGGUUUAAAAGACAUGAGACAAGCUUUGCGGUGGGUUCAGAAAAAUAUUGAAAAUUUCGGUGGAGACCCAGAAAAUGUGACAAUUUUUGGUGAAAGCGCUGGCAGUUCGGCGGUACAUUUUCUGACCCUUUCACCAACUACAAAAGGUCUAUUCCACAAAGCUAUAAUGCAAAGCGGUAGCGCAAUUUGUCCGUGGACCAUGGGAAAACCAAAUGCCCAGAUUAUUGCUGAGCUGAUCGGUUACAAGGAAACUUCAGAGAAGAAGAUACUGGAAAAACUAAAUCGAGAAAGCUGCCGCAGCAUUUUGAAAGCUUAUACAAAAUUUUAUGACGUAUUUUAUCCAGCAGUUGUGCGUCCGUUCACUCCUGUAAUUGAGAAACCAUCGGAUGACGCCUUUUUAACGGAACAUCCUUUCGAAAUAAUGAGCUCCGGAAGAAUGCAUCAGAUUCCAAUGAUCAUAGGUUACAAUAGUAAUGAAGGAGUAGUUUUCGAGUUGUUUAGGGGGUCAAAUCCGACACUGACGCCACCUAAGAACUUUGAAAUGCAAAUACCACACCACCUACAUUUGAAAGCGGGCAGUGAGAAGUCCAUACAAGUCGCUAGUGAGAUACAAGGAUAUUAUUUUGGGGACGAAGACAGUAGUGAAGAAAAUAUUCAAAGAACUUACGAGAUAACGGGAGAUUCUUUGUUCCUGAACGGCGUUCGCAAGACGAUGCGGCUAGAAUGUGAACACUCCACGCAACCAAUAUAUGCAUACAGGAUGGAUUUAGAUUCCAAACUAAAUUAUUUUAAGCACCUCUGCGUGACGCCGUACAAAGUAAUAUUUUUGAUCGUGCUGGGUUUGAUUAAAAUAUUUUAUUUUCUAACGCCACUCCGAAAUGUUUUGGCUAAAUUGCUGACAGAGUUGCCGAAAAGAAAUAUUAAUGGUGCCUCCCACGCAGACGAUUUGUUUUAUCUAUUUAACGCGUUCUUCGCUGUGCCAAUAGCCAAGGGUUCGCAGGAAGAUAUUUACGUUCAACGAUUUUUGAAAUUGUGGACAAAUUUUGCGAGAACUGGAAACCCCACACCGGACGUUGAACCGAUUUUGUGCUGCACCAAGUGGACUCCGAUCAAACCGAACGAAAUUCGAAUGCUCCAUAUUGGCACAGAAUUAAACAUGAUUUCGGAUGUUGACGCAGGGAGAUUGAAAUUUUGGAACAAAUUGUACGAUUUAUAUUAUAAAGUGUACAAAAUUUGUUAUCGAACGUUCACGUUGUUUACUUUUUUCCAGUUAUCGCUCGUCGCGCGAUUGAAUAACCGCUCGUCCGGUUUUCCGCUGUUUGUUUCCCAAUUUUCCUCGUUUCCAUUGAUUGGCGCGCUCCCGUUGCCGGUGCUGCUUUCGAAACGUCAAAGGAUGAGUGGCGUUUUAGUGGAUACUUGUCAGGGAAAGGUUAGAGGAACUACAGGUACAGAUUACUACGGCGGUUCGUUUUUUAAAUUUGUGGGCAUACCCUAUGCCAGGGCACCGAUAGGCGACUUGCGAUUUAAAGCACCACAACCUCCAGAACCAUGGGAAAAUGUACGCGAUGCAACCAAGGAAGGUCCAGAAUGUCCAUCUGCUGAUAUGUACUUCACAUAUUUCGUCGGAAACGAAGAUAAUUGUCUGAAUUUAAAUAUUUACACCAAAGACUUACCAAAUGACACCAACAAACCUAAGAAGCCGGUCAUGGUUUGGAUUCAUGGAGGUGGAUUUACAUUCGGUUCGAACAAAAGCGAAUCGUUUGGACCGGAGUAUUUUAUGACGCAAGAUAUCGUCCUUGUUGCGGUUAAUUACCGAUUAGGUAUUUUAGGUUUCGCUUCAUUCAAAGACCCCAGUAUCGGGGUUCCCGGAAACGCAGGCCUAAAAGACAUGAGAAUGGCAUUGCGUUGGGUUCAAGCUAAUGUCGAAAAAUUCGGAGGAGAUGUUAAUAACAUCACAAUUUUUGGAGAAAGUGCGGGCAGUGCAUCCGUUCAUUACUUAACACUAAGUGAAACCACGAAAGGUCUAUUCCAAAAAGCAAUAAUGCAGAGCGGCAGUGCGCUCAGUAAUUGGUCGUGGGGUAAACCUAAUGCUUCAGAAAUAGCCCACUGCUUGGGAUAUAAGGACACGGACGAGAAGAAAAUAUUUGAAAAACUAAAAACGGAACCCGCGAAAAAUAUAGUGAAAUCCCAGAAAAAAAUAUCCGAAGGGUUCCUUCCCAAAAAAGCUCGUCCUUGGGGACCCGUCGUAGAACAGCCAAAUGAAGAUGCUUUUAUCACCGAACAUCCGUUGGAUAUUUUAAAGUCCGGAAAAAGUCACAAAAUUCCGAUGAUAAUUGGAUUUAAUUCGAGAGAAGGCAUGUUCUUUGAGUUGGUAAGGAGGACGGUUCCAAACACGCCUCUACCAAGAAACUUUGAAAUGGAAUUUCCAUACGAAUUGGAUCUUGAGCCGGGCAGCGAAGAAUCCGAACAGGUCGCGAAUCAGUUGAAAAAGUUUUACUUUGGCGACGAGGAGUGUCGAGAAGAUAAUAUCGAUCGAGCCUAUAUAAUGAGAGGAGAUUCCAACUUCGUACACGGUAUCCACAGGGCCUUCAAGCUACAAGCACAAAACUCCAGCAAACCUGUAUACGUGUAUCGGAUGUCUUUGGAAGGUCCUCUGAACUAUUUCAAGUUCUUUUGCACGUCUAAUUAUUUCAAGACGAUGAUCGCUUGCAAUUUCCUUACAAAGUUGUGUUCUAAAGUACCGCCAGUAAAAAAUUCAGUUUCCAAAUUGUUAACUAAACUGCCAAUGAAGGAAACUGAAGGAGUCGGUCAUGCGGACGACCUCUUUUACUUGUUUCCCACCUUUUUCACGCCACCGAUAGUCAAAGGAUCGAAAGAAGACUUGUAUAUACAACGUUUUAUCAAGUUAUGGACAAAUUUUGCCAGAACCAGCAAUCCCACUCCGGAAUCCGACGAAACUUUGUGCAACGUUAUAUGGAAACCGAUUAUACCGGAUAGAGUAGAGUUAUUGGACAUCGGAACCGAGUUGAAGAUAACCCCACACAUUGACGAAGAUCGACUAAAAUUCUGGGACGACUUGUAUAAUAAGUACUAUAAAGCUUAACUGUGCAGUAGAAAAUUCUUGUUUUCGUGUUAUAUUGUUUUUGUUUCUUUGGUUCGCUGCUUGUUGCUUUGACUACAUAAGUGUUGCCCCAUAAAAGGACCUACCUAUUCAACAAAUACCAAACUAGUAUUUUUUAAAGUUAUUGCAGUAAAAUUAAUUUUGCCCAUAUAAUUAGGCUUAGAUUAUGACAACUUUCAGUUUUCCCAAACUCUAUAAAAUAUAUAAAUAUUAUGCACCAAUAAAGAAGAUUCUAAUAUGGACCCACUUUUAUAUUUUUUUCAUUAACUCGAAAAAAUAUAUGUGUAUUAAUGCCAAAAUUUCCCUGUGUCGACUUCAAAGACAUAGAGUUUUUUUAUGUAUUAAGUAAAAUUGUGAAUUUAAAAUAUCCAAUAUCAUUCUUGAAAUGUAAAACUAAAACUGUAUUACUACAAGAAAGUCAAGUAAAAUAUAACGAAAUAAAAAAGUAAAUAUCGACAAAAAUCGAGAACAUAU